AUGGCUAUCGCAGAAGACACCAGCUCACUUGCAGUGGGACAAAGCAGCCCUCAAAACGAGGAAUUGAUCGGCACUAAGUACAACGUUCUGGAUCACACUGAUAACAGUGAAACUGAUUGCCAAGAUGAGAGACACAUUAUUGCUGGCCCGAAACCGAUUCGGACUCUUUCGUCCCCAGCCGUUUCAUCUUCAGCGCUCACCAAUGAGCAUUCACAACUUACCAAGCCAUCCAACCCCUCCACAACUCAAGCCGAGGAUCUCGAUGGGAAGACUGCUUGCAUGUUUGUUGAGGAUUGUGAUACUGGAUCGCAACUUCGCAAGGCUAUAUCUCACUUAUUUGGUCGCAACAAAACAUGCACGCUGAAGAUACCGAAGAUGGUGUGGGUAUACUAUUGCCGAAAACACUACCAGAGAGUCCGCUAUCGCAAUGCCAAAACAUACCCUAUUACUCAGAUGGAACUAGUUCAGACGCAGAUCGAACGUCUAAAGGCUUGGAGCGACCGAAAUCAAGCCACAGGAGAAGGCCCUUACAUUAACUCAUGGACUCUGUCACUCCGAAAGCGAGAAGAGAAACGGCUUCAGGGUGAUAAGAGAAGGCAUGAAAGAGGGACAGAGCCACCCGAAGUAGGAACGGGCCACAUCCCUGCCUGGAUCAUCGAAGAGUUAGGUGAGGGUUACGAUACCGAACGCAUGUUCCAGAUUGCGGGACGUCUUCGAAAAGAGAUCAAGAGUGGUAUCUUGACACAAGUCCCCGAGAUUGAAUUCUUGCCGGACAUUGUGGGCGACGAUAAGGACAAGGAGACGACUAAAUCAGCUCGUCAACGAAGACAGAACAGUUCAACGUCCAUAACAAAGACGCCGAAACGAAAGGCACCCGACUUUCAAGUCAUGACCCAACCGGGCCCGAUGUACCAUGACAUGGGCUAUGCGGGUUACGUCCACGAUGGCGGAUACGAUGCUGAAGAUGUGGUUAGUCCUUCGGGGAAACGACCGCGAACUGCUCGAGCUGCAGCUUUUCUUGCUGGGCCUCCAAACCCUUACACCACGUCUUCGUACUUGGCUGGCUCCGAGGGUCCCCCGCGUGCGCAAAAUGUUGUGCCCAAAAUUCAGCCGAUGGAUUAUCACAAUCCCUACGCCCAUAGCGUCAACAGUGGGAGGUUCGAGCACACACACCCAGUGCAAGGCCAUGCCCGUGUAGCAUCUUACAACUGCGUUCCUUCAGAAUCAGAGUAUGCUCCUGAGCCAUAUUAUCAACAUCACAGAGCGCCUGGCUAUGGACAUGUGCCAGUGCACUUCUCUGGUAGUCAGAGCAGUCCAAACUCUCCUCCAAUGCUGCCUUCCAUUACGGCGCAGAUGAACAGCACUUGUAUCUCAUAUCCGCGCCACGGAAGUCCUUUAUCAGGGGCGAGGUCUCAUACGCGUGGAUCAUCACGACCUAUGCAUCAGAGAUCUGCUAGCGCCUAUACCCCAGGAAGGCGAGCUGUCCCUAUGUUGGGUCGACCGUCUAGCUCAGGCAACGGUCACACCAUGGAACAUGCCAGAUACGAAGCGAAUAGACACGUGCCACCCCCUGCAAUGUAUGAUGGUGGACAUCACGGCACUCAGAGUUAUGCUGAAGGUGACUUGCGGCACCAUCAGUAUGGAAAGCCUGUUUGGGACUCAACUUAUGCACCUCCAGUCCCGCCUCUUCCCAACCUUCAUAAUCAGUAUUCAUAUGCCCAUGGCCCAAGCUAUGGCUCCCCUUCCCACGCGGGAAUGACUGCUCACAGCGGUGUUCUCGGUGAUGCCAAGAAUGGCAUGUCGGCGUAUCCUGAGCCUAAGGGAACCUCGGGACUACGAUCUGCGUGA